UCACUCGACCUCCCGCCCACACUCUGCAUCUGCCCAUCACCUUUCAACGCUGCUUGACGACUUUCAUGACUUGCAUCUGCUCUGCGUUUCACGACCCUUCCCCCUCCAGCAUCACCCUUUAACGCUGUCACGAAUUACUGCCUACGCACGUUGCUUGUGAUUUUUUUUUCUUCUUUCUCAACCCCGCUUCACAUUAUCAUUGCUCGGCUCCAACAAAUAAAAAGCCACCCUUCGCUAACAUCUCGUCCUCGGAAGAACAUCAACAGUAUCAGCACAUCACGACUACUGUACUCGUUUUCAUCCUUCUCAGUUUUUCCUCUUCUUUAUUCUUUCUUCUUCUACUGGUUGUUGUUUUCUCUUUCGGUUCUUUGACGUCGACCUUUGCAUCCUCUCAACCUCACUCCGUCGCCCUUGACGGCCCCCCCUCACACAGUCACAUCUUCUCAGAAUGGACAACUAUUACUCUUCAGCAUCCAUGGCUAUGGACGCGAGCCAUGAGCAAAAGUUCUUCAAGGCAGAGGAGACCAACGGCCUAGAUGACAGCCUUCUUGAUCACAGCGGCAUUGACUCAGGCUUGGAACUCUCUCCUCCCAUGGACAACAGGCGAGAGUCUUUCGGCAUCGGAGGGCCUCUCUUCUCUCCCAAGACGGAAGAUUGGCACUCGGUCGACAUGCAGUCGCUGCCUUCCAACAACCCCUUCUUCGAGCCGCAUAGCACAAACCCCUACAUGCGCUUCGACCAGCCCUCUGCCAACCCUUUCAUCUCUUCGGGCAAUCCCUGGGCCAUGAACGGAGGCUCCGGAGCAGCCACGCCUUUCCAGCGCUUCAGUGGUAUGGCGACGGAUUUUGAUGCCAACACUUCCAUCUUCCAGCAGCCCAUCCACGCUCCCACUCCUUUCCCCACCUCAGGCAACAUGUUCGCUGGUCUGGCGGACAGCCAGGCCAUGCAAGACGCCAAGAAGAUGCGACCUAGCAGCCCCUCCAUCCGAUCGCACAAUGAUCUGCGACGCGGCGAUGGCAUUCGCAAGAAGAAUGCUCGCUUUGAGAUCCCCGCUGAGCGGAACUUGAGCAACAUCGACCAGUUGAUUUCCCAGUCGACGGAUGAGCAGGAGAUUAAGGAACUCAAGCAACAGAAGCGACUGCUGCGAAACCGACAGGCAGCUCUCGACUCUCGGCAGCGCAAGAAGCAGCACACUGAGCGCUUGGAAGAUGAGAAGAAGCAAUUCACCGUCGUCAUCACUGACAUGGAAGAGGAGCUGGCUAGCCUCAAGACCAAGGUGGAGCAGCUCAUGCUCGAGAAGCAGCAGUGCGUCGAUUACAUCGAGACCCUCACCCUUGAGAAGGACGAGAUGAUCCGCACUCACACUAUCGAGACUGGUGAGCUGAGGAAAAAGGUGGGUGUCCUGACCGACCAUGUCCAGCGCCUGGAGAGCAGCAUUCCCCCCAACGCUGCCGCCAACGGCUUCUCCGGUGCCUACGACGACAUGGACGAUGCCAUGGAUUUGGCCGGUGCUUGGGAUAAUGGCUUCCUCAACGACUUCGAUGAGGUCAAGCCGCCCAUGACUGUUGCCCCUGUCAAGAAGGACACCAACCCCUUCACCUCCGGCUCCGAGAAGAGCUCCUCCCAGGGUGGUUUGUUGUUCAUGCUUUUCCUUGUUGGCGCCUUUGUCAUGUCUAGCCGCUCGAUGCCCUCCAUCCCCCGCGUGUCGGAGGAUGUCCGAGUUGCAUCGGCGACUCUUCUCGACAACGUCCUCAAGGACGCCGGCGUCGACCCCUCGACUGGCACGCACGCCAUCGCUCCUCAGCCUUCCGGCGUCUCUUGGGGACAGCCCGUUAGCGCUAGUGUUAUGGCCGGCAUGGCUGCUGAUGGCGUCGUUGCGCCGUCCAUGCUUGUAGAGCUCGGUGAUAGCCUCAUCCAGCCCUCGCAACAGCAGACCAACGAGCAGAUCUUCUCCCUCUCUGCCGCCCAGUACAACGGAGUCAGCGACCACGACUUCCUCCGCGAUGCCGCCGGUAGAAUGCCCACCAAGGCUCGCAAGAACCUGGCUCAGUCUCUUGCUGAGAUGCGGGACGCCGCCAAGCAGUCCGGUGCCGCCGAGGUGUACACUCGCACUCUCCUCUGGGACCAGAUCCCCAACGAUGUGGUCCGAAACUUUGCCAGAAUGGUUGUAGAGUGCAACGGCGCUCAGAAUUCGCAGCAAUGCAACGAAGCGAGAUCAUGAAAGAAUUAAAAAGACCCGGCGCGAAAGACAAAAAAAAACACGAAAUCUCACGAUGACGAAUCAAAAAAUGGCUACAGUAAUGCAACGAUCAACCUCUCCACCCUCUAUUCUGUCUUGGUUCAAUUUCAUUUCUCCGACAAAUUUAUGCUACUUCUUCUUACUCUUCUCUUCGUACAGACCUUUCCAACGAUUGGAUAGGCUGGCCUCUAUUUUGAGUCGCUUCGGGGCGACUCCCCACAUGCACAUUAUUUGAGAUUUUUUGCUCACGCAUUCACCCCCCAUCUUCUUG